AUGGAGGCUCCAGUGACACCUCUGGACUGGCCGCGGAUCGAUGGCUGUCCGAGAAUGUUCCAGGCUGUGCUGGAAAAGGAUUCGGACAACAUCGUGGAAGGUCCUUUGAAAGCUCUCCUCAACUCAAGUGCACCUUCGGAGGAUCAACCUUCCUACGUUUUGCAGCUGGUUGGGCAUGGCAAGGGUCCAGCGCUUUCACUGGAGCCAGACGGCCUGGAUUUGGGCGCGGUGAAAGCAUGCGAGACGUUGCAGCGCCAGGUGGAUCCCGCAUCCCAGGGGCAUCAAGUGGUCGGAUGGGUAGGCGAAGCUGAAAAUACCAUCGGAGGUGGUGAUCCUCAACUCCUCUCAGCUGACGGCCUGAAACUCUGCGGUGGCACUUCUGAAAGGUAG